UACUAGGACAAGCAUUGUAAGGCGUUUCAUAGUGCAUCUCUCUCGUCACUGCUCUCGCUCCACGGCUGUUAUGCUACAUCCGAUCUCUUUGUGAAUUUUUGCCCGAGUUUAAUACCAUGAACCUAUGAGACAUUUGAAGAGCAUACUACUACUAAAGACGAACUGUAAGACAUUUGAAGAGCAUACUACUACUAAGGACGAACUGAUUGAUGCUGCUGUGUAGGUCUGCUAUCAAUCUCGGGCGUAUCAAAUACCAUUGCACUGUUGUGACCCCUUUGCGACGUCUAUGUAGCAUGUCCGACACCACACAGCCCCCUCAAGGCUAUUCCUUGCCAGCAGAGGUUACUAAAGCAGCGUCGCAAUGGCUGUCUACUUUGAGACCCCCAGUGACCACUCGGGGCAUGAAGGUGAUGGAUGAGUCACAGUUUCACGUCACUGUGCACACGAAAGCCUUGCGCGUGGCGGCGAAGGAGUGCAACGCGUUUGUCACAAACAUGCGCUAUGCACUACUGAAUAUGCCGGGUUCUGUCGCAGGGUUUGAGACCAUCGGACACAUUGCGCACUUCAAUCUGCGCGAAGAUUACCUUCCAUUUAAGGAGAUCAUAGGUCGGAUAGUCAUAGACAAGAAUCAGCACAUCAAGACAGUGGUCAACAAAUUGGGAAAUAUCGACACCACUUUCCGAUUUUUCCAAAUGGAAGUGGUCGCGGGGGAGAAGAACUUCAUAACAGAAGUCAAGGAAAGCGGAUGCCGUUUCCAAUUCGACUACUCCUGUGUUUACUGGAACUCUAAGCUUAGCACUGAGCAUUGGCGGCUGUUGGAGACUUUCACGAAAAAAGAUGUCAUAUGUGAUAUGAUGGCUGGAGUGGGGCCCACAGUCAUUCCGCUCAUAUCCGGCAAGUUCCAUCUCUACAAUAAAUGCGGGAGGCAAUUCGUUCGGGAUUUGGUCGCGGGCUAUGAUAGGGCAGACUCCCCGGUGACCCCAUUUACGCAAGUGGUCAUGAACCUGCCGGCCAGUGCCAUUGAGUUUCUGGAUGUUUUCAUAGGACUGUUUGCCAACAAUCACACAGCCCCUCUCCCCACCAUCCACUGCUAUUGCUUUUCAGCUGAGAGUGACCCGGAAAAGGAUGUGCAAGCGAGGGUGGAGAAAGUGCUCAAAUACCAAUUUACAGCAGACGAUCCCGUAAGCAUUUACGAUGUUCGAGACGUGUCACCGCUGAAGCGCAUGUAUUGUGUGACAUUUUCUUUACCGCCGGGAGUGGCGUACAACACAUCACCAACAAAACGAGCGCAAGUGGAGGAAGCCGACACCCAGGACGGAAAAACUAAAAAAGCUAAAAGCGAUCACGACGAAUAA